AUGAGGAAACUAUUCCUCCCACACUCGGCCUCGACCCCCCACCAGCUCCGAAAGGCCCUGCUCUACUCCGCGUCGCGCGGCCACAGCCCGUCGCCAUGCGUCUCCUCAUCCCGCCUUGAGCGAUUCACGUCGUCCUCGACAGCCGCCCUCGAUGCCGCACAGGCCUUGGACGCCGGCAGCGACCUGCGCAACACGAAACAACCCGACGGGCAGAACCACGACCGGAGCAUACGCGAGCAGGACACGUCCCGGACCAUCGCGGCGCCCCCGCCCAAGCUUCCCUACCGGUUCGAGACGGGCAUCUCCCUCUUCGCCAAGCGCGCGCCGAGGCCCUUCCCCCCUCCCUUCCUCUCCCCGCCUUCGGGAUCCUUCAGCGACCCUCUCAGCACGCACCACCAGAGUCGCGACCGCCGGCCCAAGGUCAACGGCCAGCUGAUCAAGGGGUGGACGAACGGCGAUGACGCCGCCUUCGCGAGCGAGUAUUUUGUCGGCGCCAAUGAUGGCGUGGGCGCGUGGAGCGCCCGCCCGAGGGGACAUGCUGGACUGUGGGCGAGGCUGAUUCUCCAUUUCUGGGCGUUGGCCAUGAGCGAGGACGCGUCGCGACCGCGCAGCCCGAACGACCCACCCUACACGCCAGACCCGAUCGCAUACCUAGAAAAGGCUUACGAACAGACGAAAGAGGCGACGUCAGGGCCCGACUGGCAGGGGACUACGACAGCCACAGGGGCACAGCUGUUCUGCAGGGCGAUAGACGUCGCGGAGCCGGCAAGACCCGACCCGACGGGCGACAGUGGCAGGACCGCGCCGGUGCUGUACGUGACCAACCUGGGCGACUCGCAGGUCAUGGUCGUGCGGCCGAGCUCGGGCGAGUUGAUCUUCAAGACCAAGGAGCAGUGGCACUGGUUCGACUGUCCCCGGCAGCUGGGGACCAACAGCCCGGACACGCCGGCGCAGAACGCAGUGCUGGAUCAGGUUCCGAUAGAGGAGGGGGAUGUGGUCCUGGCCAUGUCGGAUGGUGUGAUUGACAACCUGUGGUCGCACGAGAUCGUGGAGAACGUGAGUAAUAGUGUCAAGAGGUGGGCGGCAGGGGAUGUGGGGAGGAGGACAAGGAGCAGCGACAAUCCCGGGGGCAGUGGAUCCAUGGCCUUUGUGGCUGAGGAGUUGAUGCUGGCUGCCAAGGCGAUUGCGCUGGACCCCUUCGCGGAGAGCCCAUUCAUGGAACACGCCAUCGACGAGGGCUUGCCGAGCGAGGGAGGCAAGCUCGAUGAUAUCACCGUCGUGGCGGCGCUGUGCACGCGAAAUGAUGUUGUGUGA